AGGAAUUUCCGGGAAUCAUGUUACAGCAUUCUCGCGGAGCUGGAGCGCAGAGGGACGGCAGGCCUGGCGGCGGGUCGGAGCCGUUGCCCCCUUCUCUGCGGCUCCCGGACCCGGGCUGCGCUGCCCCUGCGCACACAGACCCCGGGUGGCGGGGCCGCCCCGUGCCCCCGAGCCUCUCUGUUAUGGUAGGGCCACCCCAGCCCCGAGUUGUCGUCGGGUCUCCUCGGCCCCGAGUUAUCGUAGGAGCUAUCCGACCGCGUAUCAUCGUCGGGUCCGCGCGGGCCCGGACUCCCCCGGACUCGAGUCCCCGCCCCCAGCUAGCCGCCGGGGGGUCUCCCCGCCCCCGAGUCGUCUUCGGGACGCCCCGGGCCCGGGUGAUUGUAGGGUCAGCCCGACCCGAGGUGACCGUCUCAUCCCCGUGGCCUGCGGUGGUCGUAGCAUCUUCUAGGCCGAGGGCUCCCGCCGGCUCCCCGUGGCCCCGGGUGAUCGUCGGGACUCCGCGGCCGCGGGUGAUCGUCGGAUCUCCACGGGCUCGGGCCGCCGGGGCGGAUCCGACCUCCGCACCUUCUCAGGGCGCCCGGCAAGGCGGGAGACAAAAUGAACAUCCUGGCGCCGGUGCGGAGGGACCGCAUCCUGGCGGAGCUGCCCCAGUGCCUGAGGAAGGAGGCCGCUUUGCACGUGCGCAGAGACUUCGACCCCCGCGUCACUUGCGCCUGCCAGGAGCACCGGACAGGCACCGUGGGAUUUAAGAUAUCCAAGGUCAUUGUGGUAGGGGACCUGUCUGUGGGGAAGACCUGCCUCAUUAAUAGGUUCUGCAAAGACACCUUUGAUAAGAAUUACAAGGCCACCAUCGGAGUGGACUUUGAGAUGGAACGAUUUGAAGUGUUCGGGGUCCCCUUCAGUCUCCAACUUUGGGACACUGCUGGGCAGGAGAGAUUCAAAUGCAUCGCCUCCACCUACUACCGAGGAGCUCAAGCUAUCAUCAUUGUCUUCAACCUGAAUGAUGUGGUGUCCCUGGAACAUACCAAGCAGUGGCUUGCUGAUGCACUCAAGGAGAAUGACCCUUCCAACGUGCUUCUCUUCCUUGUGGGUUCCAAGAAGGACCUGAGUACUCCUGCUCAGUAUGCCUUAAUGGAGAAAGAUGCCCUCAAGGUGGCCCAAGAGAUUAAGGCUGAGUAUUGGGCCGUGUCAUCCCUUACUGGUGAGAAUGUCCGGGAAUUCUUCUUCCGUGUGGCAGCACUGACCUUUGAGGCCAAUGUACUGGCUGAGCUGGAGAAAUCUGGGGCUCGUCACAUUGGAGAUGUUGUCCGUAUCAACAGUGAUGACAAAAACCUCUACUUAACUGCUAGCAAGAAAAAGGCCACAUGUUGUCCCUGAGAGAGGACUGACAAGAAACUGCCUGUUCCUGGGACACUGUUCCAUCUUGACUAUUCCAGAACUCAACCCCUGGACAUUUGCACUGACUCUUUUUCCAGACCAAAGAGCUGCCCAUGAUGGCAGUUGACCCCUGGAGGGGUAACUGGGACCAUGCUAGUCACUUCCUGCUCCCAGGCACCAGGCCAAAGACUGGAUGACCCCGUACUCUUCUGGGGCUCUCUGGGGUGCCCAGCAAUGGGGGUGGGGAGCAGUGUUUCUGCAGUUUUUGCUCACCCUGCUGGGCCCUUUUCAUUUGAGGAUGCCUAAUUAUUUCAGCCUUAUACUGUGCCUUAUGCAUUAAAAUUGCUUUCUUAUUAUCAU